AUUCCUGCUGCCCGCCGGCCGCCGGCCAUGGAGGAGGCGGCGGCGGUGGCGGCGGGAAUGCGCGCUACGAAGAGGCGCAGAUCCGAUGGACUUGACAACCAGCAAGUGCCACCGGGGGGCGGCAGCGGCGGCGAGGAGCAGGGAGGCCUCGACGCCAUAGACCUCAUCAGCGGCCUCCCAGACGAGGUGCUCGGCACCGUCGUCUCCCUCCUCCCCACCAAGGACGGCGCCCGCACGCAGGCUCUCUCCCGCCGGUGGCUCCCCCUCUGGCGCUCCCACAUGGCGCCGCUCAACCUCGCCGUCGACCGCGACCUCUGCAGCGACCCAUCGCGCGUCGCGGCGGUGGUCUCCAAGAUCCUCUCCGACCAUCCCGCCCCGGCUCGCCGCCUCUCCAUCCACAUCAUCCCCCACCGCGGCUUCCGGGCCAAGGUCGCCCCCUGGUUCCUCUCCGAGAUGCUCGCCGGCCUCCAGGAGCUCGAGGUCACCAACCCGCGCAGGAAAUGCUACCCUCUGCCGCGCCACGCACUGACCCGCUUCGCGCCCACGCUCCGCCUGCUCAAGCUCAGCGGCUGCCGCCGGUUACGCGAGCUGCCGAGCUUUCCGCGCCUCAAGCAGCUAAUCCUCUACGACGUCGGCAUCUCGGACGACUCUCUUCAACGCAUGAUCUCCAGCUGCGCGGUUCUGGAAAGCCUUUCGCUGCGGAGCGUGAGGUUUGGCCGCCUUUGCAUCAGUUCCCAGACGCUUAGGAGCAUUGACCUCCAUGCACUCCGCUCAAAAGGAUUUGAGCUGCUCAUUGACGACGCCCCUUGUCUAGAGAGGUUGCUACCAGGUUUUCCAAAUGAUGGUCUCGCGACCAUCAGAGUGAUCCGGGCUCCUAAGCUGCACAUAUUAGGUUUUUCUUGUCUGAGGGCAUAUCCACACUCAACCUUGGAAUUAAACUUGCGAAUGUAGAAGACAGGUGAAUGUUACUAGUUGUUAUGUGUUCUGCUUAGUUGGUACCGAUUGUUCUCUCCUGCUUGGUGUCGUAUUGUAAGCUGGUAGUACCUGAAGGCAACUAAUAUGUUUGUGUAUCUACCACCUGCUCUAAUUAGAAGACACAUGCUUGUGUUUUUUUAAUCUAAAA